GGUGCGCGCGCACGCAGUGCGUGCUGGGUGCGGGUCUAGCCGGCGGAGGGGCUGCUGAGAGCCUCGCGGAGGGUGGUUGGCUGGUGGGUGUCGGCCUCUCUGUCAUCCCCGCCUCCUCCUCGUCUCGCGCUGGCCGGGGAUGCUCGCGCGCGGCGCCCCCUUGCCUGUAAGCUGGCGGUCCCGGGGGAGGGGGGGUGGUAGCGUGUGUGAGUAGCUGGGAGGGGGCCGCGAGGCGCUAGGCGGAGAGCUCGCCCGGGUUAGUCCGCCGCCGUCACCUGACUCGUUGGAGCAGCCACAGCUGAGAAGAGGAGGUGAUAGACGCGGCCGGAGAAGAUGUCGGGCCAAACGCUCACGGAUCGGAUCGCUGCCGCUCAGUACAGCGUGACAGGCUCCGCUGUUGCGAGAGCGGUCUGCAAAGCCACCACUCAUGAAGUGAUGGGCCCCAAGAAAAAGCACCUGGACUAUUUGAUUCAGGCUACCAAUGAGACCAAUGUUAAUAUUCCUCAGAUGGCCGACACACUCUUUGAGAGGGCAACAAACAGUAGCUGGGUGGUUGUAUUUAAAGCUUUAGUCACAACACAUCAUCUCAUGGUGCAUGGAAAUGAGAGAUUUAUCCAGUACUUGGCCUCUAGAAAUACACUGUUCAAUCUCAGCAAUUUUUUGGACAAAAGUGGAUCCCAUGGUUAUGAUAUGUCUACCUUCAUAAGGCGCUAUAGUAGAUAUUUGAAUGAAAAGGCUUUCUCUUACAGACAGAUGGCAUUUGAUUUUGCCAGAGUGAAGAAAGGGGCCGACGGUGUAAUGAGGACAAUGGCUCCUGAAAAGCUACUGAAGAGUAUGCCAAUUCUGCAGGGACAGAUUGAUGCACUGCUUGAAUUUGAUGUGCAUCCAAAUGAGCUAACAAAUGGUGUCAUAAAUGCUGCAUUUAUGCUUCUUUUCAAAGACCUUAUCAAACUUUUUGCUUGCUACAAUGAUGGCGUUAUUAACUUACUUGAAAAGUUUUUUGAAAUGAAGAAAGGACAAUGUAAAGAUGCCCUAGAAAUUUACAAACGAUUUCUAACUAGAAUGACGCGAGUAUCUGAAUUUCUCAAAGUUGCAGAGCAAGUUGGCAUUGAUAAAGGUGACAUUCCUGACCUCACACAGGCUCCCAGCAGUCUUAUGGAGACCCUUGAACAGCAUCUAAAUACAUUAGAAGGAAAGAAACCCGGAAACAAUGAAGGAUCUGGUGCUCCCUCUCCAUUAAGUAAGUCGUCUCCAGUCACAACUGUUACGUCUCCUAAUUCUACACCAGCUAAAACUAUUGAUACAUCCCCACCGGUUGAUUUAUUUGCAACUGCAUCUGCGGCUGUCCCCGUCAGCACUUCUAAACCGUCUAGUGAUCUCCUGGACCUCCAGCCAGACUUUUCUUCUGGAGGGGCGGCAGCAGUUGCAGCACCAGCGCCACCACCACCUUCUGGAGGAGCCACCGCUUGGGGAGACCUUUUGGGAGAGGAUUCUCUGGCUGCACUUUCCUCUGUUCCCUCUGAAGCACAAGUUUCAGAUCCCUUUGCACCAGAACCUACCCCUCCUACCACAGCUUCCGAAACUGCAACUGCUUCAGCCUCUGCCUCAACUACUACAACUGUCACUGCUGUCACUGCUGACGUGGAUCUCUUUGGAGAUGCCUUUGCAGCUUCUCCCGGGGAGGCCCCUGCAGCAUCCGAAGGGGCCGCCGCGCCAGCAACCCCAGCCCCCGUAGCCGCCGCACUUGAUGCAUGCUCAGGAAAUGACCCCUUUGCCCCGUCUGAAGGUAGUGCAGAGGCUGCACCCGAGCUGGACCUCUUUGCAAUGAAGCCACCUGAGACCAGUGUUCCUGUAGUUACCCCUACAGCUAGCACAGCCCCUCCGGUUCCUGCCACUGCUCCUUCUCCUGCUCCCGCUGUCACAGCUGCCACCGCAGCCACCGCCGCCCCCGCCACCACCUCAGCCACCGCCACCGCUGCUCCUCCUGCUCUAGAUAUCUUUGGUGAUUUGUUUGAGGCCCCUCCGGAAGUCGCUGCGGCGCCUAAGCCAGAUGCUGCUUCUAGCAUAGACCUGUUUGGUACAGACGCUUUCUCCUCUCCACCACAAGGGGCCUCUCCUGUGCCUGAGAGCUCUCUCACUGCUGACCUCUUAUCCGUGGAUGCAUUUGCAGUACCGUCUCCUGCAACCACUGCCUCUCCAGCAAAGGUGGAUUCUUCAGGCGUGAUAGACCUUUUUGGGGAUGCAUUUGGAAGUAGUGCUUCUGAACCCCAACCUGCACCUCAGGCUGCUUCUAGUUCUUCAGCAUCGGCAGACCUACUAGCUGGAUUUGGGGCUUCUUUUAUGGCCCCUUCUCCAUCACCAGUGACUCCAGCUCAGAAUAACCUGCUACAGCCCAACUUUGAGGCAGCUUUUGGAACAACACCUUCAACUUCUAGCAGCAGCUCCUUUGAUCCGUCAGUGUUUGAUGGUCUAGGUGAUCUACUGAUGCCAACCAUGGCACCAGCCGGGCAGCCUGCACCCAUUUCAGUGGUACCCCCCAGUCCAGCUAUGGCAGCAAGCAAAGCCCUUGGGAGUGACCUUGACUCAUCUCUUGCCAGCUUAGUAGGCAAUCUUGGAAUUUCUGGUACCACAUCCAAAAAGGGAGAUCUUCAGUGGAAUGCGGGAGAGAAAAAGUUGACUGGUGGAGCCAACUGGCAGCCAAAAGUAGCCCCCGCAACCUGGUCAGCAGGCGUCCCACCAAGUGCACCUUUGCAAGGAGCUGUACCUCCAGCCAGUUCGGUUCCUCCUGUUGCCGGGGCCCCGUCUGUUGGACAGCCUGGAGCAGGGUUUGGAAUGCCCCCUGCUGGGACGGGCAUGCCCAUGAUGCCUCAGCAGCCAGUCAUGUUUGCACAGCCCAUGAUGAGGCCACCCUUUGGAGCUGCAGCUGUACCUGGCACACAGCUUUCUCCAAGCCCUACACCUGCCACUCAGAGUCCCAAGAAACCUCCAGCAAAGGACCCAUUAGCGGAUCUUAACAUCAAGGAUUUCUUGUAAACAAUUUAAGCUGCGAUUUUUGUGACUGAAUAGGAAAAAAUGAGUUUGGAGACUUCAAAUAAAAUUGAUGCUCAGAGUUUCAAAGUGAGCCACCAGUACCAAACCCAAUGCUUACUCGUAACUUCUCUUCCAAAAUGUGUAGCACAGCUGUGAAAGUGAACAUUAGGAAUGUGUACUACCUUAGCUGUUAUCCCUAUCUCAAAAUUGUAGUGUAUUUGGGUUCUUUGUGUGUUGUACGAUGUAAAAACAAUGAAUGGAUGUUUCUGAUGCCUUUAGUGCUUUUCUGGACCUCGCCCAUGGACGGAUGAUGCAGCUGUUGUGUGGUGAGCCAGUUGGAAAGAUGUGUCUGUGUCUUUGAGGGUUUUGAUGUAUAUAUGACUUUUGGACAAACCUAAACUCUCCCCAUAAAUUCUCUGUAUCUCUGUUACAAACAUGGUGUGAUAAUAUCAAAUAGUAAGGAAAACACUCUUAAAUAUACAAAACUUCUUUGGUGUGGAGUACAUUUUUCCAAUCACAGGAACUUCAACUGUUGUGAGAAAUGUUUAUUUUUGUGGCACUCUAUAUGUUAAGAAAUUUUGUUUUAAAAAAUAUAUAAGGGUAAACGUCCAUAAUAAAUAUUUCUCCUUGAAGCUACCUUAUCAAGAAUGAAAAAAUCAUAUGGAAAGAAUUCCAUAUUUAAUCACUGCUAUAUUAAAAUGUAUAUUUUGAUUAUAUUUGACAGGUUUUGCAUCUAAAUUGACCUACCUAUUUAUUCAUUCUUGAUUAAAUGCACUGAAAAGUAAAGGGUCCGUUUCUAUCCUGUCCGUGAAAAUGCAAUUAGAGAUGUGCUAUUCAAAUGAUUAUGAAGACACCCCAAGGUAUAUGUGUAAUUUAAAGAUUACUGCAAAUAUUUUUAUUUUAUUGUGGGUUUUAUGUACAUCUGUUAAUUUAGUAUUUCUUUGUGUGUUCUGUAGACUAGUGUUCUUCCAUGCCUCAAUUGAGCUCAAAGUAGGUUUUGUUGUACCAUUGUGAUUAGAAUUGAAACUAAUUCAGAGAAUUGUAUCCUUUACUGUACAUACUGUAUUCUUUAAUUUUUAAUUUGUUGUCAUACUGUAUGUGCUGAUGGCUUGGCUUAAGAUUUUGAUGCAUAAAUGAGGUCACUGUUGAUCAGUGUUGCUAGUGGCUUGGCAGCUCUUUGUAAAAGCAUAUUGGGUUGGAAAGGUGUUUGCCUAUUUUUCAAAUUAUUUAAUAGAUGUAUGGUACCAUUUAAAAGUGGUUGUAUCUGAAUUUACUGUGGGGAUAACAUACACUGUAAUGGGGGAAAAUUACCUAAAACCAAUUUCAAAAUGGCAUUUCUUUCUAUUUCAGUUUAAAACCCAGUGCAUGUACGCCCUCUGAGAUGCAAUAAACACCUUGAACAAAGAAAUGCAAACAUAA